AUGUAUUAUGCGGUUUCCCAGGCGCGCGUAAACGCGGCCCCCGCGAGCAUGCUGCGGCCGCCGAGGCCGGGAGACGUGCCGGUCGGGGCCUCCCUGUACGAGCUGGUGGGCUACCGGCAGCCGCCCUCCGCGUCCUCUUCUUCUUCCUCCCCGACGGGGGCCGCGCUCCUCCCCAAGGCUGCGCGCGAGAAGCCGGAGGCGCCCGCCGACACGCCGGCCACGGGACCCGGGACUGGGGCGCACGCGGGCGGCGGGCCCCGGGCCGAUGCCAAAGAGGAGCAGCAACAGCAGCUGCGGCGCAAGAUCAACAGCAGAGAGCGGAAGCGGAUGCACGACCUGAACCUGGCCAUGGACGCGCUGCGCGAGGUCAUCCUGCCCUACUCGGCGGCGCACUGCCAGGGCGCCCCCGGCCGCAAGCUCUCCAAGAUCGCCACGCUGCUGCUAGCCCGCAACUACAUCCUGCUGCUGGGCAGCUCUCUGCAGGAGCUGCGCCGCGCGCUUGGCGAGGGCGCAGGGCCCGCCGCGCCGCGCCUGCUGCUGGCCGGCCUGCCGCUGCUCGCUGCCGCGCCCGGCUCGGUGCUGCUGGCGCCCGGCGCCGUGGGGCCGCCAGACUCGCUGCGCCCGGCCAAGUACCUGUCUCUGGCGCUCGAGGAGCCGCCGUGCGGCCAGUUCGCGCUCCCCGGCGGCGGUCCGGGCGGCGGCGCAGGCGGCCCUGGCCUCUGCACCUGCGCCGUCUGCAAGUUCCCGCACCUGGUCCCGGCCGGCCUGGGCCUGGCCGCUGUGCCGGCGCAGUUCUCCAAGUGA